UCCGCCCGCGUGGAAUUAACGAAACAAAAAGCGGCUGACCCGAGAAUGAAACGCAAUGAGUCGGUAAAGAGCUUGCAACAAUUCCGCGGCGGCCGGCACGAGAAGCCCGGCGUCGCGCUUGGCUGGCGACAGAAUUCGCUUACUAUCAGCGCAUUUGCUCAGCACUCCGCUUACUUAGCUGAAAAAGCGCGAACCAAAGAAGCUGAAGAACAACAAGACCAACCAGCGCCUGUUUCGUGGUUCCAUUUAUUCAGGUACGCAACGCCAUGGGAGUUGCUUUUGCUUUUCGCGGGCGUGUUCCUGGCGACCAUGAACGGCCUGAUGGUGCCAAUAGGUGUGAUUAUCUAUGGCGAGUUCACCGCUCUACUCAUCGACCGCACCGUCAUGGUCGGCACCUCAAAUCCGACUAUCACUAUCUCUAUGUUUGGCGGCGGUAGAAUACUAACGAACGCCAGUGCCGAAGAGAACCGCAUAGCUUUGAUAGAAGACUCACAGGCUUUCGGUAUAGGCUGUACUGUUUUCUCUGUGCUCCAGUUCAUCUGUGGCGCUGUUAGUGUGGACCUAUUUAAUUAUGCGGCCAGCAGACAGAUUGAUAGAGUUAAGGAGAGGUUUCUGAAGGCGGUGCUGCGACAAGAUAUCACAUGGUACGACCUCAACACGACAAUGAACUUCGCAACAAAAGUAUCAGAUGACGUGGAGAAGUACCGCGAGGGUAUAGGAGAGAAGGUGGCGAUGUUCGUUUACCUUGUGAUGUCGUUCGUCACCGCGGUCAUCAUCUCCCUCGUGUACGGCUGGGAGCUCACACUAGUUAUACUGUCCUGCGCGCCGGUUAUUAUUGCAACGACUGCAGUUGUCGCAAAGGUCCAAUCUUCGUUAACAACUCAAGAACUAAAGGCGUAUAGUAUAGCGGGCGUGGUGGCGGAAGAAGUGCUGUCGUCAAUACGGACAGUGGUAGCCUUCGGCGGUGAAGAAAAGGAAAUAGAAAGGUAUUCAGAUCGUUUGGCGCCAGCUAAGAAGACAGGUACGAGGAAGGGCGUGUACUCAGGCAUGGGGAGUGGCUUCAUGUGGCUCAUCAUUUACAUGACCUACUCUCUCUCCUUCUGGUACGGAGUCGGUCUCAUCCUCGACAGCAGGCACGAAGACAUACCUAUAUACACACCCGCCGUGUUGAUGAUUAUCUUCUUCAGCGUGCUGCAAGGCGCUCAGAACGUGGGUCUAACAUCUCCGCACAUCGAGGCGAUGGCGAGCGCGCGCGCCUCCGCCAGUGCGAUAUUCCGGGUCAUUGACCGCAAACCAGUGAUUGACAGUCUGUCAACAGAGGGCAGUAAACCAGAACUGGACGGUGAUUUAGAGCUCAAAGAUGUAUACUUCAGAUAUCCCGCAAGACCUGAUGUUCAAGUGCUGAACGGUCUAUCUUUAAAGAUUAACCGCAACGAGACGGUGGCGCUCGUGGGCGCGAGCGGCUGCGGCAAGUCCACGGUACUGCAGCUGCUGCAGCGCAUGUACGACCCGGAGGAGGGCAGCGUGCGCGCCUCCGGACACGACUUGAGGGAACUGAACGUACGACAUCUCAGGAACCAUAUAGCGGUGGUCGGACAAGAGCCGGUGUUGUUUGCUGGCUCUAUUAAGGAGAAUAUUAGAUUAAGUAAUCCGUCGUGUACUGAUGAAGAAAUUAUUGUAGCAGCGAAACAAGCUUACUGUCAUCAUUUCAUAAAGAAUUUACCUGAGGGCUACGACACGAUGAUAGGAGAGAGAGGGGCUCAGUUGUCUGGAGGUCAGAAGCAACGCAUAGCAAUCGCUCGUGCGCUCGUCCGUCGGCCGAAGAUCUUGCUGCUGGAUGAGGCGACUUCUGCACUGGACUCCCACAGCGAGGCCAAAGUGCAGCGCGCGCUGGACGCGGCUGCGCACGGCCGCACUACUGUCAUGGUCAGCCACAGGUUGGCGACAGUACUGAACGCGACACGCAUUGUAUUCAUAGAGAAGGGCGAGGUGGUGGAGCAAGGCACGCACGAGGAGCUGCUGGCGCAGCGCGGCCGCUACUACCAGCUGGUGCUGGAGAACGAGCCCAGCAUUGCGCCAGGCGCGGAACAGAAUAAGCACAAACAAGCAAAAAUCAGGCGACCGAUGUUACAAAAAUUAGCAUCGGUCGACUCAAUACAAAGUACCACCGCGUCAGAAGAAGAUUCCUGUUCAGAAGACAGCGUGGUGCUUGAUGAGAAAGAGGAUGAAGAGUUCAAGCCGACGACCUGGCAGAUACUGAAGCUCUGUGAGCCGGAGAAGUGGCUGAUGGUAGCUGGAGUUCUAGCAGCGGUUACAGUUGGCUCGUCUUUUCCUUGCUUCGCGAUAUUGUUUGGUGAAACUUAUGGUUUGCUAGAGAACCCAGACGAGGAGUACGUCCGCGGCGGCACCAACAUCAUCGCGGUGCUGUUCCUGGUGGUGGGCGUGUUCACAGGCAUCGGCAUAUUCUUCCAGAUUUUCAUCUUCAACUUGACAGGUGUCAGGCUGACGGCGACUGCCGACGCCGCCGCGGUGCAGGGAGCAACAGGCACUAGGAUCGGGGCACUAAUGCAGGCAUCAGCAACGAUUAUAAUCGGCAUCAUCUUAUCGUUGUACUACACAUGGCAGAUGACGCUAGUGUCUUUAGUGUCUGUGCCGAUGGUCAUCGUGGCUGUCGUGCUCGAGGGACGUGUCUUAGCCGAGGGCAUUGCGACAUCCAGAGAAGCUUCGAACAAAGCCAAUACGAUAGCCACUGAAGCCAUCUCCAAUAUACGGACGAUAUCUGCGUUUUGUGGCGAGGAGGGUGUGAUUACGCGCUACAAGGAGGCAGGGCUGGUGGCGUCGGGCCGCGAGCGGCGCAGCAUGCGGUGGCGCGGCGCCGUCUUCUCGUUCGGGCAGACGGCGCCGGUGGCGGGCUACGCGCUCUCGCUGUGGUACGGCGGCGUGCUCGUCGCCAACAAGGAGGUCCACUACAAAUCUGUUAUCAAAGUAUCGGAAGCUUUAAUAUUUGGAGCAUGGAUGAUGGGUCAAGCGCUCGCGUUCGCGCCAAACUUCGGCGCGGCCAUGUUGGCGGCGGGGCGCGUCAUGACGCUACUGGCGCGGCAGUCGCGCGUCUGCAGCCCCACUCUCGCCACCGUCGGCUGCGGCAAGUCCACCCUCAUACAGCUGCUGCAGCGGCUCUACGACCCGGAUGAAGGAUAUGUGUACAUGGACGACAACAGUAUAGCCGGCGACAUGAACUUGCCGACGCUACGUAAGAACCUGGGCAUAGUGUCGCAAGAGCCGGUGCUGUUCGACAGAACCAUCGCCGAGAACAUCGCGUAUGGAGACAACACGAGAGUCGUGGCGAUGGACGAGAUUGUAAAAGCAGCGAAAGAAGCGAAUGUGCACUCGUUUGUUGCCGCAUUGCCUACUGGUUAUGAGACUCGUAUCGGCGCGCGCGCAUCACAGUUAUCGGGUGGACAGAAGCAGAGGAUAGCUAUCGCUAGAGCCCUCGUCCGCAACCCGCGAGUGUUGUUACUAGAUGAAGCAACUUCAGCACUGGAUACACACAGUGAAAAGGUUGUUCAAGAAGCGCUAGACCGCGCUAGUGAAGGACGCACCUGUCUAAUAAUCGCCCAUAGACUAGCGACCAUAAAGAACGCAGAUAUAAUCUGUGUCAUAGACAAGGGCGUGGUUGCGGAGAUGGGCAACCACGCGGAGUUGAUGGCGCGGAAAGGGAUUUACGCGCGGCUGUACGAACUGCAGUGCGGGUUUAUUGAGGAGGUAGACGAAACAGGAGAAAGUGGUGCUGCUUAGGUUAGGUUAAGAAUAAAAGUAUUAUUUUAGUUACCUACAGUGCCAUGCAAACUUUAUGUCGGCUCGGAAUGUUACACGCACAAUUUUACUAUACACAGACACUAUAAAACUUACAUAACAUACAUCUACAUUAUAACAAAGGAAGCCAUAUGUAUUACCAUAAAAGUUACGGCAGUCGAAAUAUACAGUUUUUCUCCAAACUGGGCAAUAAAAUAAGCGUUAUAUUAUAUAAUAAAAUAAGCGUUAAAUUCUCAUGUGAAGAGUCGUUGGAUUACUCAUUCAUGUAUGUCUAGACAAGGGAACUCCUCCUCUAUCCUGGACGUUGACUACGCCAAUGUACCUAAUUUGUCCAUCCUUUUAGACAUUCCCCUGGCACCCAUACCAUGACAUUCCCUUUAAAAGACCUUUUUAUCUUAGAUACCCUUUAGUAAUUGUCAUUGACUCCAUAUAAGUAGAAAUCCACCAAACAUUAUUGUACAGUCACCUACAUAAAUUUUAACA